GGGGAACUCUGUGGUCAGGGAACUGCUAGUCGAGCACAGCUGCGCAGUACGGUCAGAGCGUUGGAUCCCCAGCUCAAGGCCCCUCAGCCCCCUGCCCAAGAUGAUUCCAGCAGUGGUCUUGCUCUUACUCCUGUUGGUUGAACAAGCAGCGGCCCUAGGAGAGCCUCAGCUCUGCUAUAUUCUGGAUGCCAUCCUGUUUUUGUAUGGUAUUGUCCUUACCCUGCUCUACUGUCGACUCAAGGUUCAGGUGCGAAAGGCAGCUAUAGCCAGCUGUGAGAAGUCAGAUGGCAUUUACACGGGCCUGAGCACCCGGACCCAGGAGACUUACGAGACUCUGAAGCAUGAGAAACCACCCCAGUAGCCUUAGAACAAAUGUCCUGAUCACAUCCUUCUUCGGUUUCUGGGUCUCCUCCCAACCCUCAUGGUUGGUAUCACAUGUGCCUCUAUUCUAUUAAUGCCAGCUGACCUUAUCCCUACAAUGGUGACAGGCUCCAAAUUAAUAUACACAAGCUGUUCCUCCUCCCAUAAAGACUUACGCCCAAAUGCUAUUCCCUGAUGUUUAUUUUCUCAUCUCACUCACUUGCCCCAAGUUUUUUUCCCUUCCCUAUCCCCAGACUCCCACUAAACAAUGGAAAGGAAAUACCCCCAAUAAAGCUGCCAUAGACUAGACUAUAUUCAUUUGU